GAAGAAAAAAACUUUUUUGUAUCGGAGGAAUCAACAGCCGCCAUCUUGACGCGGCUCAGAAUCGGGAUUUCGGGGGGAGCAUUAAUUUUGAAAACCUACCGGAGCAAUCCAGACCGGACACAAAUGGCUUUUUGUCGCAGAAAAUCGUAGCGUUAGUCAAUCCAACGGGUCUUUGGACAAACGCGAGGGUGAAAUAGGCUUUUGUCGUCUCGAAUGCUCACUGUAUAUUUGAUUUCCCUUUUAGAGAGCGCCGCUUCUCGCCGUAUCCCUGUGCCGAGACGCUCGUUUACCGGGGAGACAGCGGUUAUAAAAAUGAUUCACCUCAUAGAAAAUAUUUUUUGAAUUUUGUUCUUUUUAUUUAUUACAAAGGCAUAAUUUAUUGUUGCUUAUUUUUACGACAAAAAAGAUGAUUCCUGGCGGUCGCGAAGCCGACUGUUUACAAAGAAAGGGAUUCACUCACGCUGCUUGUAAUAUUUUAUGAUUGAUUUUUUUAUGCAUCCAUCUUAAUCUAAAAUAUUAUUUGAACGUAAUUAUUGGGGAUAAUUAUGUGGGUGUUGGGUGUUGGAUUAUCAUGGGGUGAUCUUCGGUGGCGAAGCGUGGCGCUGUUGCCUUUCUUUUGAUUCGUUUCUCGCCGGGCAGCAAUCCGCCAGUCUUCCAAGCUUUUUUCAGCCUCCCUGCGUGAAACCAUAAUAAAAGUUGACAGUCUUUGCAAGGCUGUUUUUCUGCGACCCCAAAGUGUUUUUUCCAGCUUUACUACUGAUCAAUGACAACCAGGAUGGCUGAUAAUCUGCUGGAUGUUGGACCUCCUACUGCAAAACGACCCAAGCUUAACUCGCCCCUCUCAGGAUCAGAUGGCCCAGAUCUUGUUUCACUGUUUGACUUGGAAAAUGACCUUCCAGAUGAACUCAUUCCAAAUGGAGACUUGUCUCACAUGGGGUUCCCCACCAGUGGCCCAGGAGGUGCUGGGGCUCCUGCCCUCAACUCUGCCAUCCCUGACGCAGCAGCCAAACACAAACAGCUGUCUGAACUACUGCGACCAGGAAGCUCAUCCAUUCUGGGAUCAACACAACAGGGGAGCAUGGGAGGCAACCAGCUCGGACCUGUUCUGGGUAAAAGUCCUCUUGGACAUGGAUCUCCAAACCAUCAGUCUCCUCAACCACAGAAAGGUCCUUCUGCAACAGGACAAGGCACCGGCUUUAACCAAGCAUUAAUGAACAGUGGACAAGGCCAUGGAGUGAUGGGCCAAUCGGGGCAGGUACUGAAUGGUGGUUUAGGCCCCGCAGGCCGAGGGCGACCGGGACCUGGGAUGCAGUACCAAGGCCAAGGGACUCAUGCGACAGCGGCUGUGGGAGGCAGUGCACUGCCUGAGCCUCUGACAGCAGGAGGACUGCACUUGGGCCCCCAUGCUGCAAUGAACUCACAGCAAGCAGGAAACAUGAACAAGAUGGGGAUGCCUGGAAGUCUCUUUGGCCAGCAGUAUGGACAAACUGGGCUUCAGCAGAUCGCUCCUACAGGAGUCAAUGCCCAACAGCUACAAAACAAAGUGACUCUGUCAAACAACCUCACCCAGUUUUCUGGAGACCUAAAGGGAACUUCUAAUGCACCGAACAUGACACAGCCGCAGGCUGCAACAGGGGGCGGGGUCCCGGGGGCGGGACCAACAGCAGACCCGGAGAAACGCAAACUUAUCCAGCAGCAGCUGGUUCUGCUGCUUCAUGCCCACAAGUGCCAGCGGCGAGAACAGGCCAAUGGAGACAUGAGGGCCUGCAGUCUGCCCCACUGCCGCACCAUGAAGAACGUCCUCAACCACAUGACCCACUGCCAGGCAGGCAAAACCUGCCAAGUGGCUCACUGUGCAUCCUCCAGACAGAUUAUCUCCCACUGGAAGAACUGUACACGACAGGACUGCCCUGUGUGUUUACCUCUGAAAAACGCUAGUGACAAAAGAAGUCAACAGGCUCUGCUUAACUCACCUGGAGCAGGCUUGCAGAAUGCUGUCAACAGUGUGGGCCCUGGUCAGCCCAAUGCUACAGCCAUCAGCAGCGCCUCCACACAUAUGGACCACAGCUCCAUGCAGAAGGCCUUUGACGCUCUGGGUCUGACGUAUGGGAACCAGUCGCCUGCUCAGGUUCAGGGCCAAAGUCAAGCCCAGGGGUCGCAUAACACCCAAGCGCCCCAGCAUCACAAUGUGAAUUCCAUAGGUGCUAAUCAGAUGAAUAAAAUGGGGGGAGGCAUGGGUGGAUCUUCAGAGCAGUCUGGUUUACUCCAAGACUCCUCUCUACCUGCUGCACUCAAUCAGCUGAUGCCAGAUGGGUCUGUAGCAGGAAGUUUGGGGAACUUGCCUGCUGCCACGCCCCUUGUGACGUCUGGGGUUAGAAAACCUUGGCAUGAGCAUGUCACUCAGGACCUGCGCACCCACCUGGUGCACAAACUUGUGCAUGCCAUCUUCCCGACCCCAGACCCACAAACGCUGAGAGACAGACGGAUGGAUAACCUUGUGACAUAUGCAAGAAAAGUUGAAGGGGAUAUGUAUGAAACAGCAAACAGCAGGGAUGAGUAUUACCACUUUCUUGCUGAAAAAAUCUACAAAAUCCAAAAGGAGCUAGAAGAAAAGAAGCGUCUGAGGUUCCAGAAACAGCCUGGUAUGGCUGGUCCUGCUGGUCCUCAGCAUCCUGGACUAACUCAGCCUAAUGGCAUGGGGCAGGCCAUCCGUGCUCCCAAUGGGCCUGUGCCCAUGCCCAACAUGCCAAACCCGAUGAUGAACCGGAUGCAAGGACCUCAAGGAAUGAGCCAGUUAAAUUCUAUGGCAAUUCCAAAUGCACAGAUGUCUCAGGGAGGACACGUUCCUUCUAUGAACCAUCCACAGCAAAUGAACGUGAAUUCCGUCCCAAUGAUGAACAUGUCUCCAAGAAUGACUCAACCUCACGGAAUCAUGGGUAAUCAUCCUAACAAUAUGAUUGGGCAGCAAGCCAACCAGGGACAGUUUAUCCCCCAACAAGGCCAGUUCCCUACAGCACAAGGAGGGUCAAUGAAUGCAAGCCUUGGUCAAACUAUGGCAAAGGCUUCCAUCUCACAGGUACAAAAUGCUAACCUUCCCAUAAAUGCAAUGGGUACCUAUGGGACCUCGCAGCCUAGUGGUUCAACAGCCCAGUCCAGCCUCGGUAACACCCCGCCUCCUAACGGUUCUGCCGGACUGCAGCCUCAGCAGCAGAUGCAACAUCACCCACCAGCAUCAACAUCAGCUCAGAUUCCUCCUCAACCCUCUACACCAGCCUCUACAGGGGGGCCAUCCUCUACUCCAACCCACAUCCCAAAUCACCUGCCUGGGCCUCUGUCUGCAGCAGGGACACCCUCUGAGCCAGGCCAGCCGCUCACUCCUCUUCACCCACCCCCUGACCCACCUACCCAACUACAGCAGCCACAUUCAGCCCAGGCACAGCACCCAAGCACACCGAUGUCCCAGGCAGCUGCAAGCGUAGACAGAGUCCCGACUCCUGGCUCUGUGGCUGAACUGCCAUCCCAACAGGCCGUACCUGAGAUAAGCAGUACUGAACCCAAACCUGAAAUAAAACAUGAAGAGAGCGACACAACGUCCAAGGAGACCGACAUAAAAACUGAGCAGGAGGAAACCAAGCCCCUCUCUGUGAAGAAAGAAGAACCGGAGACAAAAGAGCCAAAGCCAGAACCAAUGGAAAGUGAGGAGAAAAAGCCAGAGGUAAAGAAAGAACCCAAAGAAGAAGAAGAAAAUGAGGCUAGUGGAACGUCAACAGCCACAGCUAACCGUAAAAAAGUCUUCAAGCCAGAGGAGCUAAGACAAUCUCUGAUGCCAACACUGGAGGCUCUGUACAGACAAGACCCAGAGUCUUUACCUUUUCGACAACCUGUAGACCCAAUGCUCCUGGGCAUUCCUGACUAUUUUGACAUAAUAAAGAAUCCAAUUGACUUGUCAACCAUUAAGCGUAAACUGGACACGGGUCAGUACCAGGAGCCUUGGCAGUAUGUGGACGACGUAUGGCUCAUGUUCAACAAUGCAUGGCUGUACAACCGUAAGACCUCUCGAGUUUAUAAAUACUGCACUAAACUGGCAGAAGUGUUUGAGUUGGAGAUUGAUCCCGUCAUGCAGAGCUUGGGCUACUGCUGUGGGCGCAAGUACGAGUUUUCACCUCAGACAUUGUGUUGCUACGGCAAACAAUUGUGUACCAUUUCCAGGGAUGGAACUUACUACAGCUACCAAAACAGUUCACCCAAAUAUGGCCUUAUCGCCGACAGGUAUCACUUCUGCGAAAAGUGCUUCAAUGAGAUCCAGGGCAAUAGUGUGACCCUGGGGGACGACCCGGCACAACCCCAGACUAUGAUUGCAAAAGAUCAAUUUGAAAAGAAGAAAAAUGACACUUUAGAUGCUGAACCUUUUCUUGAAUGUAAAGACUGUGGUCGGAAGAUGCACCAGAUUUGUGUGCUGCACUAUGAUGUCAUUUGGCCCACAGGAUUCAUCUGUGACAACUGUCUCAAGAAGUCUGGAAAGACGAGAAAGGAUAAUAAAUUUUCUGCCAAAAGAUUGCCAUCUACAAGAUUAGGUACUUAUAUUGAAGACCGAGUCAAUAAAUACUUAAAAAGACAAAACCAUCCGGAAGCUGGAGAGGUUUUCGUGCGAGUGGUGGCCAGUUCUGAUAAAACGGUUGAUGUUAAGCCUGGCAUGAAGUCUAGGUUUGUAGACUCAGGUGAAAUGGUUGAAAGUUUCCCUUACAGAACCAAAGCACUAUUUGCAUUUGAAGAAAUAGACGGGGUUGAUGUUUGUUUCUUUGGUAUGCACGUUCAAGAGUACGGCUCUGAAUGUCCUUUUCCAAACACGAGGCGGGUUUACAUUUCAUACCUUGAUAGUAUUCACUUCUUCAAACCGCGCAUGUUAAGAACUGCGGUGUACCAUGAAAUCCUGAUAGGUUACCUGGAGUAUGUGAAGAAACUAGGGUAUGUCAUGGGUCACAUCUGGGCUUGUCCGCCCAGUGAGGGUGAUGACUACAUCUUUCACUGCCAUCCUCCUGAUCAGAAGAUCCCCAAACCCAAGAGGUUGCAAGAGUGGUACAGAAAAAUGCUGGACAAAGCUUUUGCAGAGAGGAUUCUUCAUGAUUAUAAGGAUAUUUUCAAGCAGGCCACUGAAGAUAGGCUGACAAGUGCCAAUGAGUUGCCAUAUUUUGAGGGCGACUUUUGGCCUAAUGUUUUGGAGGAAAGCAUUAAAGAGCUGGAGCAGGAGGAAGAGGAGAGGAAAAAGGAGGAAAACACUGCCUCCUCUGAGACCAUAGAGGGAGCCCAUGCUGACAGCAAAAACGGUAAAAAGAAAAACAAUAAAAAAACAAACAAAAACAAAAGCAGUGUCAGCAGGGCCAACAAGAAAAAACCUGGGAUGCCGAAUGUAGCAAACGAUCUGUCCCAAAAGCUGUAUGCCACAAUGGAAAAACAUAAAGAGGUAUUUUUUGUGAUUCACCUUCACGCUGGGCCAGUGAUUAACACUCUGCCCCCAAUCUCGGACCCGGACCCUCUGAUGUCCUGUGACCUGAUGGAUGGUCGCGAUGCUUUUCUGACACUGGCCCGAGACAAACACUGGGAGUUCAGUUCUCUGCGAAGGACAAAGUGGAGCACCAUGUGCAUGUUAGUGGAGCUGCACAAUCAGGGCCAGGACCGCUUUGUUUACACCUGCAAUGAGUGCAAGCACCAUGUUGAGACGCGCUGGCACUGCACUGUUUGUGAGGACUAUGACCUAUGCAUUAACUGCUACAACACUACCAAACAUGAGCACAAGAUGGUCAAGUGGGGUCUUGGAUUAGAUGAUGACGGAAACAGCCAGAGUAAUGAGGCCUCAAAGAGUCCACAGGAGAGCCGUCGUCUUAGUAUCCAGCGCUGCAUCCAGUCCCUGGUCCAUGCCUGCCAGUGCCGCAAUGCCAACUGCUCUCUGCCAUCCUGCCAGAAGAUGAAGAGGGUUGUUCAGCACACCAAGGGCUGUAAGCGCAAGACCAAUGGCGGCUGUCCUGUGUGCAAGCAGCUAAUCGCUUUAUGCUGCUACCAUGCCAAGCAUUGUCAGGAGAACAAGUGUCCUGUGCCUUUCUGUCUGAACAUCAAGCAAAAAAUCUUUCAACAACAGAUGCAGCAGAGGUUCCAGCAAGCACAGCUGAUGCGGCGCAGAAUGGCCACCAUGACUGGACGAGGCAUGCCCAUGCCUUCACCACCUACCUCAGCUGUUCCUGAGGCCCCCAGCUCUGGACAGCAGCCGAUGACGCCACAACCACAACAGUCCAUGCCCAACCAGCCCUCACAACCGCAGCCACAACACGCUGCAAAUAUGGUCCAAGGCUUUCCCAACAACGGACGCAUGAGUCAGCCCUCUACACCUGUGUCCCAUGGAAAACCCGGCUCCUCUCCUCUGCAUCAGCAGCAGUCUCCUCUGCCCAACAUGCCACAUCAACAGCAGCCCCCACCACAGCAGCAGCCGCCUCUGCUGGCAGCACUGAAGGUCGCCAAGGAGAUUGAGAUGGUCGCUAAAGCGAGGCAGAAUUAUGGCUUGAAUGGAAUGCCUCUGAACCAUCCUCGAAUGAUGGGAGCCAUGCCGGGCCAGAUGCCGGGCCAGAUGCCGGGCCAGAUGCCGGGCCAGAUGCCGGGCCAAAUGCCGGGCCAGAUGCCGGGCCAGAUGCCGGGCCAGAUGCCCGGCCAGAUGCCCGGCCAGAUGCCCGGCCAGAUGCCCGGCCAGAUGCCCGGCCAGAUGCCCGGCCAGAUGCCGGGCCAGAUGCCGGGCCAGAUGCCGGGCCAGAUGCCGGGCCAGAUGCCGGGCCAGAUGCCGAUAAUGCAAGGCCCACGUGGUCCUCAUGUGAUGCAGAACAUGCAACAGGGACAGUGGGGAAUGCAGAGCCCCAUGCAAGUAGGCCAGGGUGUUCAGACCCAGGUGCCUGGUCCACAGCAGGCUCCGGGAGGUCAGAUGGCCCCACAGGGUCCUUUGAUGCAGAGGCCUAUAAUGCAGCAGGGGCUCCAAAUGCCUGCAGUUAUGAACCCUCAGGGGCCUUCACAGGGUAUGACUCCACAGCAGCAGAACAUGCCUCGAGGUAUGCCUGGGAAUUUUGCUCCAAGUGCUCUGCAGGAUUUAUUGCGCACCCUCAAAUCUCCCACAUCACCCCAGCAGCAGCGUCAGGUCCUUAGUAUCCUCAAAUCCAACCCCCAACUCAUGGCUGCUUUCAUCAAACAGAGGACUCUCAAGUACCAGGCCCAGCAGCAGGCUCCUCAGCAGAGCCCUCAGGCCAUGAUGGGAGCCCAGGUGGGGAUGCAGCCCAUGGCGAACCCGGUGCAACAGCCAGGAGGGCCCCCUCAACAACCCUCUCCACAGCAGCUCCCUGGGCCUCAGGGCAUGGUACCCAUGGGCCCACAAGGACAAAUGAUGAAUGCUCACCAGAAUGGCAACCCUCAGAUGUAUCGUCAGCAGAUGCUCCGCAUGCAGCAGAUGCAGCAGCAGCAGCAGCAGGGGGGCAUGCACCAGGCUCAUGGUCAGUUUCCUCAACAGCAGCCAGGGCCCAACUAUACUCAGCUUCGUAUGCAGCAGCAAAUGGCUAUGCAAGGAGGAGGAGGGCCCAUGGGCCAACUGCCAACUACAUCCCAAAUGGGUCAGCCUGGCAUGGGUCAGCCUGGCAUGGGUCAGCCUGGCAUGGGUCAGCCUGGCAUGGGUCAGCCUGGCAUGGGUAUGGACUCCCACCAGAACCUCCUCCAGCAGCGCAUGCUUCAGCAGCAACAACAGCAACAAAUGCUGAAGCAGCAGAUGGGCUCUCCUGCCCAGAAUAGCGCCAUGAGUCCACAGCCCCACAUGCUCCCAGGACAACCCCCCGGAGCUCACUUAUCUGGUCAGAAUAUGGCCCUUGGAAAUCAAGUCCGCUCCCCGGCCCCAGUUCAGUCUCCUCGACCACCCUCACAGCAGCCACCACACUCAAGUCCGUCUCCACGAAUGCAACCCCAGCCCUCACCUCAACAUGGGACCCUUCACUCCAGUUCCCCCCACCCCAGCCUGGCUGGACCCAUGUCGGGCACUAUGGAGCAGGGCCACCUCAGCACGCAGGAGCAGAGUGCCAUGCUCCCACAGCUCAACACACCAAACAGGGGUUUGAGUAAUGACAUGAAUUUAGGGGGAGACACUACGGGGGACACUCUAGAGAAAUUUAUUGAAGGGUUGUAGCAUCUGGAGACAGAAGAUGGGCCUUGUUCUGUUUUCAACUGAAAUAUUUUGUAUUUGCUCAAGUUGCAAAUUGCAAGCAAUUAAUUAAUCAGAGGCCUCGAGACUGUGAACGUUUCCUUCCAUCAAAUAAUGCUUUACUUCCGGAGUGAUUAAUUGAUGCUGUUAAAAAUAAGACAACAGAGACACAUUUUUGGUUUGACCAGUUCUGAAUUUUGUGUUUUAAAUUUUUGUUCAGUUUACGCUAUGGACAUGUAUCAAAACCUUGCACCAAAAAUCAUUUUAGUGUGUUUUUUUAUUUGUAUCUUAUUUUUUGUUGAGAAAACUGUAAAGUUAUUUGUUCAAAGGUUUCGCCAGGCUUCAACUUUUCCUCACUUUCCUUCCUGGCUAAUUUAUUCUGAUAUGCCAUUUUCAUGAAGACUGCCUUUGGGAAAGCCUUAAUUUCUUUCCUGUUGCAAAGUCUAUGGGAGAUUAUUAACAUAUUUGUACAGAUUUAAUAAUUAUUGCACACACAAACACAACGUGCAGGUGCUCUUCUGCACUGAAACUUGAUGUUCACAGGUGCCCGAAUGUUGUUUUUCUACUGGUCCUUCCCAGUAUUUGUCUUGAAAUAGUAAAUGGCUGUGUUUUUUCAAAAAGCUUUUGCCUGUGGUGGGAAUUACCUGUUUGACUGCUGAUUUCUUUCCGUUUUUUGCCUUUUUCUCUUGCAUUAAACUUGAAUUGAUUAUGAACUGUUCUCAAAUGUAAAUUAUGCAGCUAGACAGUACUGUAAAUAUGAUGAAAAUAAGAAAGAAUCACUGUACAAAGUCACUAAUGUCUCAUUUCGUACUUAUUUACCAUAUUGUUAAAUAAACCUGUGUGCCACUGAA